CAGUAAUUAUGACUUUUUCCCAAAAUAAAAGGACACACCUUGUAGUUCAAGAAUAUAAGAUAGCGCCUAGCGGCAUUAGCAUUCGGAGCGGUGCCAAAUGGGUUGCAAUAACUUAUAUCGCUCCAUUUCUCUGAGUCUCCCUCACUUUAUUUCUUAUACCCAAAUUAUCCCUACCAUUCUGAGUGUUAAAUCCCCAUUUUACCCUUCCCGACGGCAGAAAUUACGUUCAUUUGCCAUUUUAGCCGGAAAUAAUAGCUUCACGUGGAAUGACGUUCUUCAAGUACCUGAAUCUCCUCAAAAUGACGAUUCUACCCUCACAGAUUUUUUCGAUAAAAUCAAGCUUUGUAAUCGCAAUUCGGAGAAGCAAUGUGAGUUCAUGCCUUUUGUGAUUGACGACCAAAUAAUUGGCUAUGUUCACCAUCGGUUUGCUGAUUUUCUGAAGCCAUAUCACAAUGUAUUCAUUUUCCCACAAGAUAAUACCUACGAUAGCAAUUUCGGAUGUCAUUGCACUUUGCAUCCAAACCUGAGGACACCCACGGAUCGAACUAAAGCUGUAGCCAAUGUCAUUAAGUCUUUGGGCGAACUGAUCCCGGGCAUAAGAAAUGAGUUAUAUCCAGUUGCUUCAGCUUUCGGGGAACCAAUAUUUUUCUCAUUGGAACGAGCUGCUGCGCCAUACUUUGGGAUAAAGGCUUAUGGAGUUCAUAUGAAUGGCUAUCUUGAGAAAGAUGAACAGAAAUUUCUAUGGCUAGGGAAGAGAAGUGAACAAAAAUCCACCUAUCCUGGAAUGCUGGAUCAUUUAGUCGCGGGGGGAUUGCCACAUGGUAUUUCUUGUGGAGAAAAUCUUAUUAAGGAAUGUGAAGAGGAGGCAGGGAUACCAAGAUCUAUUUCCCAUAAAGCUGUGCCCGUUGGAGCUGUGUCUUACAUUGACCUAGAAGGAUAUAGGAUGAAGAGAGACAUCCUCUUUUGUUAUGAUCUUAAACUUCCUGAUGGCUUCAUUCCUCAUAAUGAGGAUGGGGAGGUAGAAAGCUUUCGACUGGUCCCAAUCACACAAGUAGCAAAUAUCAUCCGAAAAACGCCGUUCUUUAAAGCAAACUGCAAUCUUGUCAUUAUUGAUUUCCUUUUCAGGCAUGGGAACAUCAGACCGGAAGAGUUUGGGUACCUGAGGCUACUGCAGAGUUUGAGAAGUGGGUAUUGCUUCUAACUAUAACCAGCUUUGGGGGGUUCAUUCCUUGUUUUGCCACUUUGCGGAAGAGCAGAUUUACUUUUGUCUUUGUAUCGAGAACCAUGAAAAGAAGGAAAAAAAGGCAUAUCAAUGUCCAGUGUUGUGCCAAAUUCAGUAAUACACUGACGGCCAAGCUCUUUAAUUGAUCUAGAUCAUCCAUUCUUGAUUCUUGAAUAUGUUAAAAGUAUAAACCCUUUUGGUCCUUCCUACUUGCAGCCUUGUUCUGGAUUGAAAUAGUGUUUAGGCAUGUACUAAUCUUGGAGAUGUGAGAAAUAAAUUACGGACAAAGUGUGUAUGGGAAUGGUGAGUUGGUGACU